AUGGAGGUACUCAAUAUGUCAAGCCAAAUCAACUAUGCUACCCUCACUAAAGACUAUAUCCUGACUGGACCAAACUAUGUUGACUGGAGGAGGAACAUUAAAUUGCUCCUAACUGCAGAAGGUCUAAUUUAUGUCAUAGAAGAUGAAAAACCUUCAUUGCCUGAUACUAUGGAGGGUGAGGAGAAAGCUGCCUAUGAGUUGUUUCGACAAAAUAAUUCUAAGGCCAAGCUCCUUGUGUUGAAUUCAAUAGACAAUACCAUUAAGGAUUCUAUAAAGAAUCUGAGUUUUGCAAAAGACAUGUUGGAGGAGUUGAAGAAGUUGUAUGAAAAACAAAAUAGACAUGCACAUAUCCUCCACAGUACUAAGAUGACUUCAUGGAUUUCAAUUAUCGACCAUGUGAUGAAAUUACAUAAUUUAUUCCAAGAACUAGAAGCCAUUGGGACAUCCUUUAAGCUGAACUAUAAAACUGAUGUCAUAUUAUACUCAUUGCCUCAGGAAAUCUGUGGAUCUUUUAUUUGUAAUUAUAAUAUGAAUAAAAUUUUCGUAGAGUUUCCAGAACUAGGCAAUAUGUUGCAAGAAGUAGAGGCGGCACAUAAGUUGUAA